AUGGUAUUCCGGUCUCGCCUUGAUAUCGUCACUGGCGCCAUCGGGGCCUUACUGGUCGGCAGCGGUCUUUACGGCGUCGUCUCCCCAUCAAAGAUGGGCCGCGCUUUCGGUGUCAUCGACGUAACUCGCGACAUGGCCGUCUUUUACCCUGGAAUCGGCGGACGAAAUGUAUCAGCCGGGCUCGCUGUGUGGGCUAUGACUCUUACUGGCCAGCGGAGAGCUCUGGGCACGUUUUUGAUCUGCUGGAUGUGCACCGGCAUUGCUGAUACAUACUUGCUACUUACCCAUUGGAAACCCGUGGAUACCGUCUGGCUGCACGUCUUUAACACUUUCGUGUUGGGGUUCGUGGGACCAACCUUGAUUAGACACAGCUAG